AUGUCAAAAGUGCCGGAAAUCGAGAAUACCAGGCUACCACCAAGUAAAACACCGCGAAAGGCUAUUCGUCGCGAUAUACUUGAUACCCCAGGUCGGCGUUCCGCCAAUGAACACGAAAAUGAAAGCCCUGUGCCGCCGUCGAGUACAGCGACAUCGCCUGCAAGAGUAGCACAAGAUCUCCAACUUGAACCAAACACCCCAAGAAUCGUUCAUGAGGAGGAUGAUCUUUCGCAGACAGACGGCCAUUUGACGGGACUAUCAACCGAUCUUGUCUUGAAAUCAUUGAACGUCUUUGUGAACAAAUAUCCCGAGCUGGCCAUUCUUCACCUACCCUCUUUCGCCAAGAAGCAUCAAUUGCAAGAUUCGAAGGAAAUCAAGACACUGCUAGCCGCGCUGUUAGCAAUAACUAGAUCACAUCCUCUGCUAAUCACGUUUCCUUGGGAAAGCUCCCUCUUACCAAAGGAGCGCUAUGCAGAGUAUGCCCGAGACAGACUGUCUAGAAGCUCUUUUGAAGCCCCCAGACUCGAGGUAGCGCAGGCGCUCCUCAUCAUGACUGUAUACGAGUGGGGUACUCGAGAGUUUCACCGGGCCUGGAUCUACUGUGGCAUCGCUACGAGAAUCAUGCAAGCAUUGAACAGUUCACGAAUCGCACCUUAUCCGCUUGAUUCCACUCCAAACCAGCGUGAAGCUGUUUCAUUUGCGAUUGAGAACAGAACCACAUGGGCCUGCUUCAUUCUAGAUCGCAUGGUCAGUUCGGGAACAUACAACCCUCCUAUGCUCCCGUGGUCGGAGAUGGAAAAGCUUAAAGUUUUUCGGCCUCUGAGUGCUGUCGAGUUUGCGUUUGGACCCGAUCUUGUUUCGCAAAUGAAUGGCAUAGAAAAUAACCUUUCAACGCCACAACGCGAGCAGACUGCUCUGUUCGACAUCACACAGUCCUUUGAAGUCCUCGUCUCUGGAUUUGAUAUCUGGGCACAGGUCAUGACUUUCAUCUAUAAUGAUGGGCGCCGGGCGCCGGGAAUGUGCGCUCCACAAAAUUGCCCUUGGGCUUCCGAAUCACCCUGGUCAAAAACAAGACAUCACCUUCGAACAUGGCGAGCCAAUCAGCACCACAGGCUUUAUUAUCCUGAUAAUAGUGUGCUCGCCCACACGACAUUGGGCUACGGGGAAUCCUUUACUUAUCUUAAUUUGCUUUAUUCAAUCUGGUAUGUAGAUGGCCGUUCUUUCGGUUUCCACCCAGCAGAUGCUAAUGAUGUGAACUUAAGUACAUUAAUGCUUCACCGAGAAUAUUUCCCGUUUAUGCCGACUGGACUGACGGCCCCUAGAGGGCCAAUUGACCCUCCAACACUCGAGGGAGAGUCGCCGGAAGGAUGGUGGGAAGCAAGUGCAUUUGAGUUGUUCGGGGCUGCAGAAAAUAUUGCCUGUCUUCUGCACGAGGCUUCCGAGUGUGGCGCUGAGAUUAUAUCUCCAUUCGUGGGAUUUUGUGCAUUUUCAGCGGCAUAUAUGAAUCUUUACGUUUUUCGAUUUCCACAAAUGAACCUGGGCCGCAGCCAGCAUGCAGAGCGCAACCUCAACUACUGCAUGACUUAUCUCGAACACUUUCGACAGGUGUGGACACUCGGAGAUAGCUGGCUCGCAACUAUCAAGAACGCAUCGCUUUUGUAUCAGCGAGCCACGUCCAAUAGGUCCCGAUACCAAGGGAAAUCACGAGCAGACUUUGAUGUUCUGCAUCAGUCGAUCCAUGAAUUUCGGGUUGUUGACCGAUCCGAUCAACAUCUCCAGGAAAUCGAGGGCGCGGAACGAGAGGCCGUCCCAGUUCCUACGCCCGCAACAAAUGCCGGUACAGAUUCGUUGGAUCUCGAUAUGCCGCUCAAUAAUCUUCUUACCGAAGUCAGCACGUAUGCCCAUGAACAAGGCAUGUGGUCACAUUGGUGGGGUUCGCUUGAUGACAUUAAUAUGUCUGUGUUCCAAGAUCAAGACAACCCAGGACAAGACAAUCCAGGACCAGUGUAA